AUUGUGCAGACUAAGGGAAGAAACCACAUGGUGCCUGAAGGCACGAAGAUGUGGUCUACGCUGCGACCAAGGCCACCCAGCACUUCAGGUUCAGCCCUUAGGGCUGUGGAGUUAGCGACUUCAGGAAACCUAUGCUCCUGUCCCGCCGGCCCGAUGCGCUUUCAGCUCGACUCCGGCGUCGCCUCAGUUCUCCCUCCUUUCCUUCCUGCUGAUCCAGCCAGCCAGGCUUUCUCCUCCUCUAUUCUCGCCUCCUCUCUCCCUCGAAUCCAGUCCUGGUUUCCCCGCUGCCAGCUCCUUCUGCUGCCUGCUGGGCUCGCUCCCCUCCUCCGCCCCCGCCUCUCCAGUCCCGGCGGUCUGCUCGGCUCCCCGGCUCUCCCCCAGCCCAGCCACCCGCGGCUCCGCUCGCCCAGUCCGGCCGCUCCAGUCCGGAUCUCUCCGCCUCCCGACCCGGGUGCGAGUUUCAGCAGCUGGAGAGGAGGCGGCAGCGGCUGGCCCGGGUUCCCCUCUGCCGCCUCGUCAGCCCGAGGUUGGCGGGGAGAGAGCGUCAGGGCAGCCCCUGGAGCCCCUCCGAGGACAAUGCACCCGGCGCUGGGCCACCCUCGCGCGCUCUCGUCCGCGCCCGCCUCCUUUCCGCCGGCCCCCGCCGCCGCCCGGCUACAGCCCCUGUUCCUCCGGGGGGGCUCCUCCCGCGGCCGGAGAGGCUCGGGAGACAGCAGCACCAGCACCAGCACCAGCCGCGGGGGGGGCGGCGGCAGACGCGGCGGGGGCGGCGGCUCCCCGAGCAGCAGCACAGGCGCGGAGCGAGAGGACGACGACGAGAGCAUUAGCAUCAGCAAGCCACUGGUGCCCGCCGCCGCCGCGCUCCCGGGGCCCCUGGCUCAGGGGGGCGUCCCAGCCUCCGCCACCGCGCCCGCCGCCGCCUCCUCCACUUCCACGCCCACCUCCUCCUGCAGCAUGACCGCCGCGGACUUCGGCGCGGGCGCCGCGCCGGCACCUCGGGGGCCCGGGAGCCGCUCGGCGGCGGGCGCAGGCGGCACCGGGACCGGCGGCGCCGCCUCCUGCUGCUCGUGCUGCUGUUGCUGCUGCGGCCGCCCCUCUCGCUCGGGCCGCCGGGGUCGGCGCCGGGGCUGCUCCCCAAGUCCCGGGUGCCGCUGGGGCUACCAGGCGCUGUCUGUGGUGCUGCUGCUGGCGCAGGGCGGUCUGCUGGACCUGUACCUCAUCGCUGUCACUGACCUGUACUGGUGCUCCUGGAUCGCCACCGACCUGGUGGUGGUGGUGGGCUGGGCCAUCUUCUUCGCCAAGAACAGCCGGGGCCGUCGGGGCGGCCCAGCGAACAGCACGCACAACCAUCACCAGCUCCACCACCACUCGGCUCCGCCUCUGCACCUCUCCGCUGCGGCGUCGGCGGGGGCCGGGGCCAAGGCCCGCGGGGGCCGAGGAGGUUCUAGCGGCUCGGGGACCGGGCCGGGAACGACUGGGGCAGCGGGCGAGUUCGCCUUUGCGUACCUGGCCUGGCUCAUCUACUCCAUCGCUUUCACUCCUAAGGUUGUGCUCAUCCUGGGCACAUCCAUCCUGGACCUCAUCGAGCUGCGCGCGCCCUUUGGCACCACGGGCUUUCGCCUUACCAUGGCGCUGUCCGUACCGCUGCUCUACAGCCUAGUGCGUGCCAUCAGCGAGGCGGGCGCGCCCCCGGGCUCGGCGGGUCCCCUGCUCCUGCAGCCACAGCAGCAUCGCGCCGCGGGCUGCUUCCUGGGCACGUGUCUGGACCUACUGGACAGCUUCACGCUGGUGGAGCUGAUGCUGGACGGCCGCGUGCCGCUUCCGGCGCACUUGCGCUACCUGCUCAUCGCCGUCUACUUCCUCACUCUUGCCUCCCCAGUGCUCUGGCUGUACGAGCUGAACACCGCAGUGGCAGCUCCGUCCUGGGGUCAGGCCUCCGGGCCUGGAAGCUGCAGCCGCCUUUUGCGUUUGCUGGGCGGCUGCCUGGUGGACGUGCCCUUGCUGGCGCUGCGCAGCCUCCUGGUCGUGAGCUACCAACAGCCGCUGUCCAUCUUCAUGCUCAAGAACCUCUUUUUCCUUGGCUGCCGUGGCCUGGAGGCCUUGGAGGGCUGCUGGGACCGGGGGAGUUGGGUAUCCCCAAGUCGGGCCAGAAGCAGCUAUGGUGCUCCUCCCUCCGCCCCUCCACCACCUCCUCCACCACCACCUCAGGGAGGCUCCCAGCGGGGCCACUUGGAAAAUGAAGGGGGCCCUCACGGCUAUGUCAACACUCUAGCUGUGGCCUCUCAGAAUUGAAGCAGUGAAGGGUCAGGGCCCUGAUCUUGGCUUUAGGGUUUCCGGCCCCCUUGGCUGUGUUUUAGAGGUAACUGUUGAUGAGGCUGAAGGCCCAUGGGUAGAGACUUCUUGGAGGGAGACCAGCAAUAUAUCGUGAGGAAGAAGGGCCCAUGUUCAUCACGGUCUUCCCUGUCCCGACAUACAAGGGAUUGGAUCCAUGUGCCACCUGCUUUUCUUGCCUUCGUCCUGAUUCCUAUCCUGUGGUGGGGGGGGAUGGAGGAAAGGGGUUCAGGCAGGGAUAGUGAGCUUCGGUAGGGGUGUGCGUGCGUGCGUGCGUGUGUGUGUGUGUGUGUGUGUGUGUGUGUGUAGUGUAGUGUAUUUUCUGGGUGUCAGUCCCAAGCCCCUUGCAGUGGGAAAGAGAUCUACAGAGGCCUUGCUUCACAACACACAUACCACCAUGCUUUCCUGCCUGAAUUGAUGACCACGAUCCCCCAGGAGUUGCUUGGUUGCUGUACUCCAAGGGAGAAGCUCACCCAGGGUCUUCCUCCCCUCUGCUCCUCUCUGCUCAGCUUGGGGAGGAGCAGCUCUAGGUGGAAGGAGCAAACACCACCCUUUCUUGGGUGAGCGCGUAUUUCUACCUCUGUGCUUCCAUUUCCAGCGCACCGCACACUGAUGCUGCUUGCAAAAAAAAAAAAAAAAAAAAAAUUAAGUUAAACACUCAGAAGUUGCAUUCAACAGGGCCACUGGAUCCCCUUGGGGUUUGGUGCCAGAUAUUACAGGGUCUGUGGAGUAUCAGCCAUUGGCUUGCUCUCCCUUGGUUCCUCCCUCUGCACCAGAAUAAUAAGCCUUCCUGGGUUGGUGCUGGCCGGGUUGGAUUGGGUCCAGAGCAACUGCUUUUGUGGGUUCAAAUGUAUGUGAGGUCAGGCCUCUUAGGGACCCUGCUCCUUUAGAAAGCUUGGCACAGAGCAGAGAGGGAAUGACCUUUCACCCCUCCUCUGCUUCGGGUCUCAUCGGGGAGAAAGCACACUGCAGAACCCUCCUGCUUAGCCUUCCCCAACAGGGUCCUUCCUGAGAGGCUGUCCUUAGGAUUGUCCUUCAAGGGAAGUCAGGGUUGGCUCCUACAGGCUUCAUGAGGGAUGUCAUUCUUGGAGUCUUUAAGGCAGGAUAUGUAUCCUGAGGGCAGUCGGGGUUCAGCAGGCACAGGGAGCCAGGCCAGGAUAUACUCACCCCCACAAUGGGACUAGGUGGGGGAGGAAAAAAAACUUAAGAAUUUUGGUUCCCCUUCUGUUUUGGGAGUUUUAUGUGCCGUAACGAACCUAGACAAGGGACCAGGAAGAAAUGAUCUGUAGUCCUGUCUGUUAUCUGCUAGGUUUGAAUGCCAUACCAUUUUACUGUUUAGGCCUCUAGGGCAGUAUUCUUUGAGUUCCGGUCUAGGGUAGUAUUGAGCUCUGGUCUUUCUGGGGCUUGAAAAUGCUGCAUUAAAGGUAGCUAGAGGAAGAGCUCUCCAGGUGGACUUGAGGAAGGCUCUGUGUCUAUACUGUGUCUGGCCUUGGGCUGCGAGAUCUGAGGGGAGGUUUGCCAACUAGGUUGGAGGACAGGCAUUGCAGAGUCCUCUAAGCCUGUAGCACAGGGGCAGGCCCAAAGUGCCAAGUCACUGACUACUAACUCAGCAGCCAGGCCCAAGUCCCUCAGCCCCUUUGACUCUCUUAGGACCUUCUGAGAACACAAGGGCUGCAUGGGGCCCCUCUUAUUCAACUGCCUGGGGCGUCGGACUGAGGAUAUCUGUGUGGACAGAAGCAUGGGCGUCUGAGCUGGAACGCUAGUGGGCCUGACUGUCCAGCUAGCGUGGGCCGUGUGGAGGAUGUUUACAGUCUACGCUCUAUGCUCCUGUUCUCUCAACCUCAGCCAGUGCUGCUAGCUGCUUCUCACAGCAAGCCUGCCUUUCUCCUCUCCC